AUGGGUCUGCGAAGCGAUCACGUGCUCAACGUCUGUUUACGUCUUAAUCUUCACCUGCGGGAAGCAGGGAAGCCGGAACCUCCGGAGGCGUCCCACCUGGCCCGCCCCCGUCCGCGGUCACUGGGCGGCCCUUUUCUCCCACCCUCGUCAAGUACGCGACGGCAGCAAACCCUGCCCGCUGGGGGUCCGCGCGGGCCAGCGGCGUUGAUCCGCCGGCAGCAAGCGAAACUCUAUGAGCGCGUCCGUCCCGCAGUGCACGUGUAUUCGGGUUUCUUCACUCUCGCCAGGAUCCUGAUCCAGGGCCGGCACCUCCUGGCCGCAGAUUCGCCGGCUCUCCAGCGCUCUCGGCCCAGGCUUGGUGGAGGGGGCGGGGCGGCUGAAGCCGCGCCCCCGACCAAGGCAGGGGAGUGGUCUGCCCAGCACCCCCUCAGCAGCGGAUCUGGUACCCUGCCAAGCAGUGUCGCGACGGUGGCCCAAGACUGCCCCUCGGACUUCUGA